CGACGCUGAGACGUCUGUUUCGGUACACGGCCAAGCCGGCGAGACGCCAAGAUCAGCUCAGUCGCUUUCCGGUCGGCAUUUUAUAAAUACUGCAAGCGAGAAGCUAAAGUUGAGAAGAAAGUGAAAAUAAAAAAAUUACGCUGAUAAAUAUUUGUGUAUUUUGCGUGAAAAUUGCGUAACAAAUCGUUUCACGCGGCAACUUUGAUUUUCGGUCAAAGUUAAUUCGCAUAGUAGUUCGGGGGCGGUUUUGAAAUGGGAUGAAAUCAGUGGAACCCGGGAGUUUUUCUAUGCUGUGAAUAUAUGUUCGAGAGAAUCUUCGUUUCAUAAAAGAUCUUCAAUGUGAUCGUUGUGCAGCUGGAACGUGCUGCGGGUUGAUAAAUGCAAUCAGUUGAUGAAAGUGCAGCAGCUGCAGAUUCGAACAUCGUUCAACUCUGACGUCAUCUUGAUCAUCGCACGUUUUGAAGAAUUGAAAUAAAUACGCAGUGCCUCCAGAGGCCAACCGCUCGAAAAUUGGUGAACGAGCUAAAAUGAGUUUGAUGAAGAAGGCCAUCGGGGGAUCGAUUCACAGGAUACGAGAAUUUGAACUCGAAAAGGUAAACCUUGGGGAUGAGUUUGACAUACUACAGAUCGUCGGUGAGGGUUGGUUCGGAAAGAUUCUUCUGACUGAGCAUCGAAGUACGCAGACUGAAAUGGUGCUAAAAGCACUGCCCAAACCGUACACAAGCAUAUCGGAUUUUUACAGAGAGUUUCACUAUGGCCUUCACCUUUCGGCUCACAGAAACAUCAUUACAACUUACGACGUGGCCUUCGAAACGGCGGGGUUUUUCGUUUUCAGUCAGGAAUACGCGCCAUUGGGUGACCUCACAUCCAACGUAACGGAAACUGGACUAGGUGAGCUUCACGCGAAGAGGGUGGCGAGGCAACUGGCUGCUGCUAUCCACCACAUCCACAGUAGAGAACUCGUGCACAGGGACGUCAAGCUGGACAACAUCCUUGUGUUCAAAAGUGACUUCUCGCGAAUAAAGCUCUGCGAUUUUGGUGAGACUCGUAGAGUGAGCACUGUGGUUAGACGGCACAAUGAGUGGCUUCCUUACUCACCCCCGGAAGUACUUCAGAUCGACACUGACGAUGCCUACAAGGCUCUAACGGCCCACGAUGUCUGGCAGUUUGGAAUAGUGAUAUUCGUAUGCCUCACCGGCUGUCUGCCAUGGCAGAAAGCAGCUACUGAUGAUCCGAGGUAUGCAAGGUACCUCAAUUGGCACUCGGCUACCCUGAACAUCGCUAAGAAGCCAAAACUGUUUCAGUUAAUCAGCUCGAGAGCGCAGAGAAUGUUCAAAAGACUGUUAGAUCCUAAGCAAGAAAAACGUCCAGCUAGUGUAUUUGAAGUAAAUAAAUACCUUGACGACAGAUGGCUGGCGAAACUCGGCGCAGAGAAGGCGUUGAAUGGCGGAGCGGACGAAAGAGACGAGCUGUGUCCGUCAAUGUACAGUUUCCACAGUUCGCUGGAAGAGAAAAAUCAGUUGUUAUUCACCCUGACGCAGUACGGCAUUGAGACGACGGUGGACAGAUCUCGAAAAAAGGACCGUAUUCGGGAAUGGAUCGAGUCAAGUGCAAUAAUGGAGGAGAACGAGGAAGAAUCUGAGGGUGAGGACGCAUCGGAUACAGAGGAAUUGAACAUGCGAGGAAAGCACUUUCCGGAAAGACGAGAGAGCGCCAGAAGCCCGGAACCAGUCCAGCCGAAGGCGAAGCGUUCCAAUAGCAAGAGGAACAGCAUCCAGCAGACUAAACUUCCGGGCUACGCGACACCAAAGCCGAUAGAGAGAAAGAAUCCAUUCGCUCCAAAAGUGGCGAAGGAACGCCAAGCGAUAGCAAAAAGCGCAAGCUUUCCAAACGGGGACCCAAGCCUGGCGGUGAAGCUUUCAGGUUCGGACAACUUCGCCCUUCCGGAAGUGACUGACCUCCACAAACCUCCGGCAGAGAUCUAUUCGAGCUCUGGUAUAUUUGACCAUUAUAACGGUAAAAUUGGCCACCAAAACCCGACCAAUAGUCCCCAAAAUGGCGCUGAGAACUCGCGGCAAAGUCCAGCCAAGGUCGUCUCGGCACAGCGGAACAGAACGGCGGCCGGUGAGUCGACCAACGAUAACAGAUCGUCACCGGUCGAUUCAAAAAUCGGCGGAAGAUCGGGGAACAAUAGCGUCAAUGGCAGUCCAAGCAGCUCAACUAACGUCUCGCGUGCCAGUCCAACAGCCUCCGGCGUUUCUCAGACUGUUGUAAAUCCCACGAGCAUCGCGAUGUUGCCCGAAAAUGGUGGUCAGACUUUGGAAGCGGAGGGCGCCCCCCUCGAAUCAGCUUCGUACAGGUCCCGGAGUCCGCAAGCCCCGGCACGCAAGCACCGCUCUCAAACGGCAACGCUUCCGGUGCUGCAGCCGACCGCCGCAAGUCCAAAAUCCGUUCAACCUAGGCGGAGCCAAACUACCGUACUUCCAGCAAUACCCAGCGUUGCUCCUCUUCAGCCCGUGAAUCCUUUGACAAUGUCGAUCGCCUCCCAGCUGGUAAUGCAGAGCUUCAACUCUCUCCAGGCGAUGAACAUCGCUUUGCCGGUCAUACAGCCCGAGGAUCCUCAGUCGGUAACGUCGGACGGUAAGGCCGAGCGGCAGACGGUUGAACAGACCACCAGAACCUACGGCAAAGACGUUUAUGAGCACUAUGGUAUCGCUCAGGGUGUUGUGAUGAAGGUUAUCUCCGACGCACCGAGACACAGAGGGUCUACUGGCAGCGGGAGUAGGUCUGUUAGUAAUUAAUACCAGCUACGUUGUCCUGGCGGCGAGCCAGGAUUUUCGAAAUCGGAAAUCGACCAUCGGUUUAUCUGGAAAAUGAGUGUUUCUGCGCAAUACUCCUACGGAAUGGGUAUGUUCUUUUCACUGUGAUUAUUUGACAGUAUUUGGAGAUAACGGAAUUGACUCAUUCUUGAAUUAGCUUUUGACAAACUACUUAAACUGUUUUUUCAGAACAACAGAAACUGUAGAAUAAAUUUCCAGUACGUUGAAAAUUGAGAUAGAUAUGCGCGCAUUUUGUACGUAAACAGAUGGUACUUAACAGUUCUGUGUCCAUUUAACGCGAAUCUUUGCAAACAAUUAAAGAUCGUUGCAUCUCAGCAUCGAGGAACGAUCUUUACGUAGAUGGUAUUACGAUAUAGAAACGAUAGCUUCAAUACUCCAGAUCAGUAAAUUAGUAUACAGUACCAUUGUGCUACAAGGUAAAAUACUCUACUCAGAAAAUCCAGUUCUUUGAAGAAACCCUUAUUCCAGAUGAAUCUACCAUCUUAAUAUUAUCUUUGCGGAUAAUCACAAAUGCAUCGAGCAGAACGAUAAUAUGUAUUGACAUUAUCGAAAACAUUGUCACGAAAUUUUUACUGUAAUAUACUCAAUGUGCGAUGAACAUUAUAUUUCUAAAGGUAACGAUCAGACUUAUUUGAUAUUCGAAUGAACAAUUACUAUUUAUUACCAUAUGAUUAUGGAACGGAAUGUACGGUAGAAUUAUUAUAUUUCGUGAAGUUAAAUAUUUGUAAUAAAAUUCAUAAAGUGAAUUUGUUUCCAUAUCCAUAAUUAUUCCCUUGUAAAAACAUGAAUCAAGACUCAG